GGAGGCAAAAUAUAUCCCCACCUGGCAGUCUGGCACCAGGUGAGGUCUGGCGGAACCCAGCUGGAGAGUGGAGACUCCACUGCUUAAUGAUGGUGCUGAUGAUGUAUUCACAGUCCCAUUACCUGCUCCCGCCAUGUGAACGUAGCCAUUGUUGUUUUAAUUUCCGCAAAAUAACAGUAUCGGGUUUGGAACCAAAUCCUUCACAGAUCAAAGCCCUUGUUCUAUCCACAAUCAAUGCAACAUCAACCACGAAUGCCAGAAUCCCAAUUGAAUCGCCCCUUAAACGCGAUUACUCGGAAUCUCCGAUACCGAAGAGCAGCAGCAAUGAUGUAUAUGUUCCCUUGGGUUCGCACUGCCCCAAGGGGUUAUGUUUAUGUGGGAGAAGACGUUUCAUCGGAGCCUCAGGAGCAGCUUUGCUUCCUACCUUUCCUUCAAAUGCUUCCGAUCUGAAGCCUGACCAAGCGGCUAUGCUUGAGAGGAUUCAUCCCCCAAGACCAGAUUGGUAUGAGGAGUUCUAUGCUUUGGUUUUGGAGAAGGGCAUGAAAGCUUAUGAGGUAGAGGUUGCAGGUUAUAAAUCAGAACUGUUUUCUAAAUUGAGAGGGAGGAGUAAGAAAGUUUUGGAGCUUGGCAUUGGGACUGGUCCCAAUCUCAAAUAUUAUGCCAGUGGUGGUGAAGUCUAUGUUUAUGGUGUAGAUCCAAAUAAAAAGAUGGAAAAAUAUGCUCGAGAGGCAGCAGUAGCAGCAGGUCUACCACCAUCAAAUUUUAAUUUUAUACAAACAGUUGGUGAGGCAUUGCCACUAAAUGAUGCUUCUAUGGACAUAGUUGUUGGAACUCUUGUAUUAUGUUCUGUUGUAGAUGUUAGUUUGACAUUAGAAGAAGUGAAGAGGGUGCUGAAACCAGGUGGCCUUUACAUUUUCAUGGAACAUGUGGCUGCACAAGAUGGAACAGCUCUCAAAUUCAUCCAGGGUAUUCUAGAUCCUUUGCAACAGAUAGUGGCCGAUGGGUGUCAUCUCACAAGGGAAACAGGAAAGGAUAUUGCUGAAGCUGGGUUUUCAGGUGUUGAUAUUAACAUGGCCUUCAUCCCUAGUGUGUUCCCUCUAAGCCCCCACAUAUAUGGGAUAGCAUGUAAAUAAUACCCAAAUACUGCAAUAAAUGUUGAUCUAUUAUUCUGUUAUGCAUUUCACAAUUCUCACUGAACCUCAUUGACAUAAUCAGAUAAUCUGCAUUUUUUUUCAA